AUGGGUCAUUUAGUCUGGCUCGCCUCCAACCCACAGACUGGGCCCCGCCUGGCGGAUCACUGGGAGAAGAGCGUGGUGGACGAUGUCUUCUCCUCCGCCCUCAGGAAACAGACGGGCGUGAGCCUGAAGUACAUGCUUGACUUUGGCUCUCGGCCCAUCGAGCGCCAGCUCAUCCUGUCCGCCCAGUUCCUGCACAACGAGCUCCCCGUCCGCUUGGCGCACCGCGUGGCGGAGCUGGAGAACUCGCCCUACGGCCUGUCCGCCAAGCCCCACGUGCUCAAGGUCCGCGACUGGUAUGUGGAGUCGUUCAAGGAGCUGCGCGCCUUUUCCCGCAUCCGCAACGCGUCGGACGAGGAGGAGUUCACCAACCUGCUGCGCCACAUCUACUUCCGCCACCGCAAUGUGGUCCCCGUGCUGGCCAUGGGCGUGGCGGAGCUGAAGCGCGAGCUGCAGCACGAGGUGGGCCUGAACGACCUCCCCGACAUCCACCAGAUGCUGGACAGCUUCUACCUCUCCCGCAUCGGCAUCCGCAUGCUGAUCGGGCAGCACGUGGCGCUGCAUGAGCCGCAGAAGGAGAACCACAUCGGGCUGAUCGACACACGGUGCUCCCCUGGCGUGGUCUGUGCCGACGCGAUCGCCGACGCGCGCAUGAUCUGCAUGCGCGAGAAGGGGUCUGCGCCCGAGGUCUCCAUCUACGGCGACCCGGGGUUUGCCUUUCCCUACGUCCCCUCCCACCUCCACCACAUGGUGUUCGAGCUGGUGAAGAACUCGCUGCGCGCAGUGUACGACCGCUGGGAGGACGCGGCGCAGGAGCCGCCGCCCAUCCGGGUCGUAGUGGCCGAGGGCGAGGAGGACAUCUGCAUCAAGGUGUCAGACGAGGGUGGAGGUAUCGCGCGCUCCGGCCAGCCCAAGAUCUGGACCUACCUUUACACCACCGCGCGCUCGCCCCUGGAGGACAUCCGGGACAGGAGCGCGGGCAGCACGGAAAGCGCGGAGGGGCCCUCCGUCCUGGCGGGGUACGGCUACGGCCUGCCCAUCAGCCGCCUGUAUGCGCGGUACUUUGGCGGGGACCUGCAGAUGAUCUCCAUGGAAAACUACGGCACGGACGCGUAUCUGCACUUGAAUCGCCUUGGCAAUGUGCAGGAGCCGUUGCCGUGA